AUGCAAAUUUCUAAUUGUAUACGUUUAUUCUUGCAGCAGAUUCAUGUGAUGGCUUCCGUUCUGUCUUCGUUCUUCUCUCGUGAUCCAAAAUCGCAGUUUGCCUAUGAACUACCACAGGGAUCAGGCACAUAUUUCAAUGGGCUGAAUUUCGCUGAUAGCUUCAAAAAGGCAGAGCCAGAUGAAUUGGCAACGGUUUUUUGGACCAGUGGUCCGCACUCUACACUCAAACUUCAAGCUCAGAAACUUCGCACUAUGCGACACCCAGAUGUUCUGACAUAUCAAGACAGUAUAGAGGUCGAUAACACAUUCUAUUUGGUAACAGAAAAAUGCAAACCAUUAUCAGUUUAUCUAGAGGAUAUGCCUUUGAAUGGUACACAGAAGGAAUUCGUGGUCUCAUGGGGACUUUUCAGAGUGAUGAAUGCUCUCAAGUUUCUUCAUGAGGCAAAUCUUAGUCACGAAAAUGUUCGCCGCUCCAUCUAUGUUACCGCUGGGGGUGAUUGGAAACUCGCUGGUUUCGAUAAAGUCACACAAUUCAACUCUCCUCGUUCGGACUUGAACCAGCUAGCUAUUCUUUUAUGGGAAGUAUUCAACGGGUUUAAGGAGGGCAUCACCAAGCCAGAAGCCCCUGGAAGAAUGCCACAGAAGCUUCAUGAUUUAUAUAAGAAAAUGGCUUCACCUGCCGCUGCGCGGACUUCAGUUUCUGAUUUGAUAAAAGAGUGUAGAGAGCGGGGUGGAUUUUUCAAGAACAAAUUUGUGGAUACGCUAUUAUUUUUGGAAGAAUUUCAACUGAAAGAGUCAAGCGAGAAGCAGCCGUUCUUCGUGCAUUUGAGGGAGAAUCUUGACAUUUUCCCCGAUGAUAUUGCCAAAUAUAAGGUCUUACCUAAAAUUAUCCAGACGUAUGAGUAUGGUGACGCUGGUCCCAAUAUAUUAAUUCCUCUUUUCAAACUCGGACGUCUGUUAGCUGAAGAAGAAUAUCAAAGAAGAAUUGUUCCAUGCUUAGUGAAGCUUUUUGGAAGUCCUGAUCGGACAACGCGUGUUAAAUUGCUGGAACGUAUAGAUGAAUUUGCUCCGCAUUUGACUUCACAAGUUGUUAAUGACAAAAUAUUCGCGAACCUCGCAUCCGGAUUCCUUGAUACAUCGCCGGCGGUUCGCGAAAGCACUGUCAAGGCGAUGGUGCCUUUAGCAGAAAAACUGAAUUUUAACAACCUUAAUGUGGAAUUGAUGAAAUAUUUGGCCAGACUUCAAGGAGCAGAUGAACACGGCGGUAUCCGAACGAAUACCACAAUUUGCCUAGGAAAAAUUGCGAGUUACCUGGACCCAUCAAAGCGACAAAUGAUUCUUUUAAGCGCCUUCGCAAGAGGAAUGAAGGAUCCGUUCCCUCCUUCUCGACUGGCCGCUGUCCUAGCUUUAUCAGCCACUCAACAGUUCUACACACUUGUUGAAGUUGCUAAUCGUGUACUGCCCGCUCUUGCGCCGUUGACAUGUGAUCCAGAGAAACAGGUCCGGGAUCAAGCAUUCAAGGCCAUCAAAGGCUUCAUGGAGAAUUUGGAGAAGGCGAGCGAACACCCAGAAUUGAUACCAGAAAUCGAGUCACAAGUGAAAGCUGGUGGUCGGUCAUUACUCAACAGUGACAAGGUUCCUCAAUGGGCGAGUUGGGCCCUGAAAUCACUCUCUGGAAAAUUCUACAAAGGAAACCCACCACCAGAAAAUCCAUCAGCGGAAACCAAGAAGCCUAUUCAACCAGAGCCAUCACCUGAUGUUGAUGGUUGGGGUGAACUGGAGGAUACUGCGGACAUAGGUUCGAUUGAUGAAUGGGCAGAUGCCAUGGAGCCACCAGUUCCUUUGAAAAUGGAUGAUGAUGAAGACUGGACAGGCGGUUGGGAAGCUCUUAAGCCUACUACGAUCUCUCCUACUCCUCCAACGCUACAAAAGCCUUCUCCAACAUUCGGCUCGCCAAUGGUUGCUAUCGAUCCUCCACCGAAGCGAGUUGUUCCAGAAAAGAAGACGACAGGAGGUUUGAAGUUGGCCCCCUCAAAGCCGAAAGCUGCAGCAGUUGACGAUAUUGACUCUUUACUUGGAAUCAAACCUACCAGUGGAACCGGCUCACCAAGUCUGACAGCAAAGAGCACGAGCUCAACGUUAACCGGCUGGGGAGAUUUUGGCGGUGGAAGUCGUAACAAACAGGACGACUGGGGAGCCGAUUUGACAGCACUAGCAAAACCUCUGGCCUUGGCAAGUCUUGGACCGAAUAAAGACAAAACCGCACGUCGUAACGAAGCAUCAGCUCGAAACGAAACUCGCCGAAAAGAGAUAACCGAUAAAAAAACCAAACGAACAACAACCAAACCAACGAACAACGCCUCAAAUACGCUGGAAGGUUUCGAGGAUUGGUGA